AUGGCACGACACAGAAACCGGUCCAUUGUGUGGAUUACGCUUGGUUUCGUUGUCUUCAUCGCGCUGUCCAGUGCUCACGCUUCCACAACGCCAGAGCCUCAGCUUGGGACCACGGAGACGGAAACCAAUUCAGCCAAUGCAGAAUUUGACCAGGUCGCGGAAGCGACUCGUGCCUACAAACAAGCACUCAAUACCCUAUCGACACUGACCGCAAAUCCUCCCCAGCACACAUAUGGCUCGUCCUAUUCGACCCAACCGUCCAACUCCAAGUCUCUACUCUCCGCGUUUCUCCCGAACCUCCAAGGACAAGGCCCGAUAGCCAGCGCUAUGCGGAUUGCAAUCAAACUCCAGCGGCAGUUUGCCGGCGGGAUAUUUUCGUCGGCGGACAGAGAGUCGAGGUGGAAGCGGGAAGAGGGCAAGGGCAAGGCAGUCAAAGUUAUCGACCUGCUGCAGCACUCUGCUGAGCUCGGCAACACCGAUGCGCUAUACACGCUCGCCCACAUAUCACUGUUCCCACCCACAAUCCACUUCCCGUCAGAUCCCAAACUGGCUUUCGCCUCGUUUUCGACGCACGCGACCAUCACCGGAAACGCGUCCUCGCAAGCGUUCAUCGCCUUCUUCCAUGCGACCGGCUACCAAAAGGUUGUGCCCAUCGACCAGGCGCGAGCGCAGCUAUACUAUACAUUUGCGGCCAACGGUGGAGACAAGGGGGCCCAAAUGAGUCUGGCGUAUCGUUACUGGAGCGGUAUCGGGACCCAGGAGGACUGUAGUCGUGCUGUUGAUUGGUAUGAACGCGCUGCGGAGAAAUCUAUGGCGGUCUUCACGGCUGGCCCGCCGGGUGGACGAACGUUGCCUCAAACACCCACGCGUCUGUCUGACUUGGUUGGCGGUGUUUAUGGCCCUGGUGCUAGUGUUGCCUCAACGGGCUUGAAUGCCCAGAAAGCUGCCAUACGCGCAGGAAUGUCAAGAGCUUCGGGAGAAACUUGGGAAGAUAUACUCGAUUACUACCUCUUCAACGCUGAACGACGAGAAAUCGAAUUCGCCUACCGACUGGGCAAGAUAUUUUAUCAAGGUAGCAUCUACGCCUCUAGAGGUGGUAUCGCAUCCGGAAGCGAAGGGGUCGGUGCUGUUCCGCGCGACUUUGAGCGGGCGCGGCAUUAUUUUCUACUGAUUGCGCGCCUUGUCUGGCCACGUGACCCAACGAACCCGCUCCAAUACAAAGCGGCACAGAUCAAGGACGAAAACCUGCCCAUAGUUUAUGCCUCCUCAAGCGCAGCCUUCCUGGGUCGCAUGUACCUGCGCGGCGAGGGCGUUAAGGCUGAUCCAGCGCUGGCCAAGAUGUGGUUUGAGCGGGGGAGCGAGCACGGCGACCGGGAAUGCCAGAAUGGAUUGGGCAUCAUAUGGCGGGACGGCCUGGUACCUGGCCUCAAAGCCGAUCCGAAGAAGGCUGUUUCCUACUUUACGGCCGCGGCAAACCAAGAGCUCGCGGAGGCACAAAUCAAUCUGGCCAAAUACCAUUUUGUUCGGGGCGAUCUGGGGCCAGCUGCCCAGCUGUUUGAUACGGCGGUUCUGUAUGGCUCGCCCUUCGAGGCGUAUUAUUACCUCGGCCAAAUCCAUUCUGUCAACUCGGAAAGCCGCGCUGUGCCUGCCUCCAUCGCAUCCGGCUCAUGCUCGAUGGCGGUCUCGUUCUACAAGAUCGUCGCCGAGCGCGGGGUCUGGGGCGACGACCUGCUUCGCGAUGCGGAAGUUGCAUGGAUGUCGGAGACCGACAGAGGCCGCGAAAUGGCCAUGCUCAAGUGGUGGAUUGCCGCAGAGCGUGGGUCGGAGAUUGCGCAGAAUAAUAUCGCCCACAUUUUGGAUCAAGAUAGAAGCAUUCUCCGUCUGACGCGUUUCUCGCCCAACACGCCAUCGAACGAAACUGCGAGGCUGGCACUGACGCAAUGGACGCGUGCUGCAGCUCAGCGCAACAUUGACGCACUGGUCAAAGUCGGCGACUAUUACUACCAUGGCUUGGGUGUAUGGGAGGACGAGGUCGGUCGGUUCGAGAAAGCUGUCAAGUACUACCAGGCGGCAGCCGACACGCAGCAGAGCGCGCUGGCGAUGUGGAACUUGGGGUGGAUGUACGAGAACGGUAUUGGUGUCCCGCAGGAUUUCCAUCUGGCAAAGCGGCACUACGACAUGGCGUUGGAAACGAAUGGAGAGGCUUCUUUCCCCGUAUAUCUCUCACUGCUCAAGUUAUACGCGCGGAGCAUAUGGCAUACGCUAACAGGUGGUCAAGGCGGCCUGAGCCUGUGGAUCUGGGACGACGACGAAGUGGAAUUGCAACCGCCUCCGCGGGCCGCGACGAUAGAAACUAGCAACAAAGAUACCUCAGAAGACCCCGUAUUUGAGAAGGAGACAUACCAUGAUGAGGAUGACGGGCCGUGGUACAUUGGCAAAGCGCGGGAAGAGUUCCGCAAGAAAAAGGCCCAGGCGCCGGGAGAAGACGAGGAUCCUAUCCAGUGGGCACGUGACCGAAGAAACGACCGAGAAGCCGAGUUUGGCGCGGACGACUACCAGCUGCGGGGCGAGGGCGAGGCAGACGACUUCUCGGACACGGUUAUCCUGAUGCUGCUUUGUUUGGCCGUGUCGGUGCUUAUUUACGUUCGGACAAGAAUUGUCGACCGGAUGCGGAGGGAGCAGCAGCAGCCCCAGGACGGGGAGGACAUCGGUGUGCCGCCUCCGGGGCUCGAGCGCGAUGACUGGGCCGUGUUGAGAUAA